UUUGCCGCCAAAUGCAGAAAGAAAACAAGCACGACAUUUCAUGUGCGUUUACCUCUUGAAAUUUGACUGUUUUCGUGCCAAAUAUUGACUUGUGUGACAUAAACAGUAAUUGGAAGUUAUAACGAUGAUUCGCCGAACACGAUCCCGCACUGCACCGAAUGUGGCACUAUCCUCCACCAGUAGUAACGUCAACUCAAAGCUGAACAGAAGGAACAGCUCCCAAUCGUGUGUCAAGAGGACAAAGACGGUUCUUCAGGGAACCGAGCACCUUGCCCCAACAUUCACUUGGGAUGUUGCCAAGACAGACAGAAAGCAGAUUUACGACGACCUCGGUGUACAGGAAAUAGAUACAUCAGACGUUACAGCAUCAAAUCGGUCACAUUUGUCUAGGAAUAAAAGAAAUGCAUCCAGAGAGCUUCAAAAGCAUAGUACUAGUGUUGACCCCAAGGUCAAAGAUCAGCAUGAUUCUCCAUGUGAGGUCAAAUCGAUGAAAGAGCACAUACAUGACGGUCAUGUCUGCAGCUGCCAAAAGCAAUUACAACUAGAGAAAAAGAAUGAUCCGUUUUACGUCUUGUCAGAUGAAAUCAUGCUAGGUGUCUUCCAAUGGCUUCCCAAGACUACGCUGACUAGUUGUGCUAGAGUUUGCAAACGCUGGAACCAUCUUGUCAUUGAUGACAGUCUCUGGAGACACAUUGAUCUGGCCUCUAAGAUCUUUUCUUCUGGGACUCUGGGGAGAGUUCUACAGCGUGGUACGGUGGCUGCAAAGCUCUCAAGAUGCUCCAUCAAAGGCUCAGUGUUUGAUCAAGCUUCAUCAGCAUCAUCAUCAUCAGCGAGAGGUGCCAGAACAUCUUCCAGGACAUCUGAGCAAUCCAAAGAACUCCAAGAGAACUCAUUCCAGCCCAAGCUUCAUUUGCAAUACUUGGACCUAUCGGCCAGUGACGCUACGCCAGAGCAGCUUGCCGAGGUUCUAGCUCACUGCCCGAGCAACCAGUUGAAGAAGCUCAGCCUCGAGAGCUGUCCGCUGAGCAAAGACCUGGUGAAGUGCAUUGCGAAUCAAGGUGGGAGCUUGGAGGAGUUGAACCUCUGCAUGAGUACUGGGUUAAAGGAAGAUGGUGUGAGGAUCAUGUUUGAGAGCUGCAAAAGAUUAAAGUCCUUAAAUCUUGCCUGGACCAGCCUAUCACGCAAAGAAUUGCUCGCCUUUGUUGAAUGUGCACCGACAAGCCUCGAGAAGUUAAACUUAAGUGGUUGCAGACAAACUUUGAAAAAUGAAGACGUUAUUGCACUUGCCCGCAAUCGUUGUCCAUUCAUGAAGGAGCUAGACUUGAGCGAUUCCACAUCAAUCGGCUUCACGGCUCUUGAGGCUAUGGUUGAGUGCAUGACCGAUCUACAGCAUAUUUCCCUGAGUAGAUGUUACAGUCUACCCCGCGCAUCGUUUUUUAAUCUCACUAACCUCGCUCAUCUCCGAGCCAUAGAUGUCUUUGGGCUGAACCAUGAAGACGGGAUGAUUCAGGAAAUUCUUCCCAGGGUGCAGAUCAAUAUCUACCCCUUCUCGUCGAUCGCUCGGCCAACGACGACGAGGAAACGAAAUUCCAUCUGGGAGAUUACUUGCUACGAGUAAAAGGUGCUCCAACAACAUUCUUCUCUUCCAUUUGGGGACUUUAGGUAGCAGCAGACUUGCCAGGUAAAUUCAUGAUACUUGGAAAUGUGAGCAUGCUCAGAAUGACGUUAACAGAGACCUUAUCGCAAAUAAUCGGUACGCGCGCAUUAGGCGCGAAAUAAGGUGCAUGCUAAUUAGCUAGCGAGUCAAGCUUGUUCGCUAGCGAGACCAGCAUGCACCUCGAUCAUUAUUUAGCGCUUCCGCAAUGGGUUUUUGCAAUUGAAAAUUUACCUGGUAAGUCUGCUGCCACUGGCGUUCAAAAGUCUCCCAUCAUUUGCAAUAUAAAGGGUUGUGCACACAUUGUAGAAAGUUGCAUUCCCUAUGCCUGGUUUUGGCUAAAGCAUAGUUAGAAAGCAAGGGGGACAGACUAAUUUUCCUUCAAGCCUCACUAUGGUACCAUUGAUUUGGAUAAAGAGAAAACAAAAUGGCGGAUCAGUUAAUUAUAAACAUCAUUGCACAGCCACAAUUAUGGGCACACUUUGUUUUGUUACAUUUUGUUUUGUUACACUUUGUUUUGUUAAACUUUGUUUUGUUACACUUUGU